AUGGGAAUAGCAUGGAAUUCUCAUACCCUUGAAGUUGCAUACAGAGUGUUAGGAUGGACUGGUUUCUUUCUUUGGUCCUGCAGUUUCUACCCUCAGCUUCUCUUGAAUUUCUUUAGGAAGAGUGUGGUUGGAUUGAAUUUCAAUUAUUUGUUGUUGAACAAUACCAAGCACACCUUGUAUCUCAUCUACAACACUUCCUUGUACUUCAGCUCUUCUGUGCGGUUUCAGUAUCAUCUCAAAUAUGGCUUCGACCAGAUGGUACCUGUUGCUGCAAAUGAUGUUGCAUUCUCAACACAUGCUGUUUUAUUGACGGGAGUAUUACUGUUUCAAUGUGCAAUAUAUGAGCGUGGGAAUCAAUCACUAUCAAAAGUGACCAUAGGGAUCAUCUCUUUGGUGUGGAUUAUUGUCGGAGUUUGUUCCUUCAUAUCACUUCCUACUAAAUCUUGGCUUUGGCUUAUCUCCGUUUUCAACACAAUGCAAGUAAUUUUGGCAGUCAUCAAAUAUAUUCCACAGGCAGUUAUGAAUUUCAUGAGAAAGAGCACAGAUGGGUUUAGCAUUGGAAACGUGCUGCUUGAUUUCUCAGGAGGAGUCACAAAUUAUGCCCAAAUGGUUGCACAGUCAAUUGAUCAAAAUUCUUGGGUGAACUUCUCUGGUAACAUUGGCAAAGUGUUACUAUCCCUGGUUUCUGUAUUCUUUGAUGUUCUUUUCAUGUGUCAACACUACUUCUUGUAUCCUUCAAAGAAAGCAGCAUCAAUUAGAGUGAAAGAGCCCCUUAUUAAGUCACCACUUGGGUCACCUGUGCCAUUGGAAAGAGUUUAG